AUGGCGAAGCCGGCGUCCACAUUGCUAUUUCUGUCAAAGAGACGGAUCCUGCUGUUGUUGGUGGUGUUCUCAGUGGCGACGGGUUUGGUCUUCUUCGUCAGGAGCGCCUUUGAUACCUGCGAUCUGCGGCGCAAUGUCAGGGAUAGCCUGGAAGUUGAGCACGCGGCGAAGGUGGGGCCAAAAGCAGAGGAGAGUCCUCUCGAAUUCAUGAGGUCCAAGCUCGUUCUUCUCGUCUCCCAUGAGCUCUCCCUCUCCGGUAAGUGCAUUUAGUUGAAGAUUUUCCCUUUUGGGCUGGAAUUAGACAAUUUGUUCGAAGUGGAUUGAGUGAAGACUUCAGUCUAUCACAUUGUCUUGGAAUAACCUCUCUCCAUUUCCACUGAUUUGAAUUUCCCCCUGGAAAAUGGUCUCCCUCAAUAUUUCCUUUCCUUUAACUUUUAUUUUUCUCACGAAGUGUGGAAAUAUUACCACACUCAGCUAUUUUAGGCCACGGUUUUGGAUUAUAAAGAGAAAAUAAUCUUCAAGAAUAGUUCCUCAAAAUAGAAGGCUGUUCUUCACCUGUGGGGAUUCUGAUCAUGACUGGGAGAUAGCCACUCAUAGAUGGUAACGAUGCUCCCCUGUCCCCUGGUUCACGCUGAUUAAAAAUAGAGAUGGUGAGGUUUCUAUGUAUGGUAAUCAUGUUUAAACAUGUGUCUCGGCAUGAUAAUCAUUAUUCGAUCUAUUACAAAGCAAUGAAUUUCCAGCAAAGGAUGGCUUGUUGAUUGAUCAGUUGGACAAAUGAAGUAUCCCGUUCCUAAGGCUAAAGCUAUUGAAUUCUGUGCUACUAGUUUUAUUUACGUUAGAAAUUUAUUGGAUUCACUCCACUUAUCUACUUAUAAUUUUUCUGUAAAUUUAACAAUGAAAAAAUAUUUGUCUAAUGGAAGGACUAUUAUUCGAAAAUUUCACCAUGGGGAUACCUGAGAUGUUGAGCAUCCUUCAAGACACUUCUAUAUCUUAUUUCGUGCAAUUUAUUUAUGAUAAGUUUCAUGUAGCAUCUCUUAACCUGGUUUCUCAAUGUUUAACAGACGAAUGUUAUUCACCAUAGUCUCUUGUAGAAUAAUUUCUUGUGCCAAGAGGUGCUAUAUGAGGUUUUUUUGUGAGUUUGGUCUACUCAGGUCACAUAAAACAAGUUUUAUUUUGAUGAAUAUCUUUGAAAAUUAUGAUUUUAAUCAAUUCGAUUAUACCCAACUGAAUUUUAUAUCAAGAGAGUAAAUGGUAGACCUAGGGUUAAUGUUUUCUCAUCUGCAUACCUGGAACUUCAUAUCUUUGGUAUAUGCAUGAGAAUAACAUAAAUGUUAAUGAACCUCCAUUGCCGUUGCUAAACAUUUUGAAACUGAGCGAUUUCCUAUAUUACCCGGCAUUCCAUUUGGAAAUAUGUGACUAUUUUCAAUCACUUUCUCCCUGUGUUUUCUUCCACUUUUGUCAUAUUCUUCAGAAGGUUAGUGCAAAUUAGCUUAUAUGGAACAAAAUAUUCCUAUCAUACUGAGAGUAAGAAAACAAAAAAGACAAUAUUCAACUGGUAUGACUACCAAUCAGUACACAUGGAGAAAACAGUGGUCCUUGAUAGUCAAGCACUUAUGCGGCGGAUUUAUUAGAGGAAAAUUCUCUCUGAGGAGAAAAUGAUUGAUGCACAGAGACUGAAAGAGAGGGAUUUGAACCCUCGGUGAGCAUAAUUUCCUGACACACCUGUGAAUGUUCCGCCGUCUCAUUCCUCUCACUCUCUUUCCCUUUGAAUUUGGGGAUUUAGGUAGUGGUUUUAAUUUCCUAGUGGAAUGGUAACAUGGAAUUUUGUUUGUAUUCCAAUGACUAUUUUAAGUUUCAUAACUGGCAUGUCCUUCCAUAUCUAUCUUACAACUGAAGGUUUUCUUUGAGCGAUAAACAUGAGACUGAUUAUGCGGAAACACCUGGCACAGCAUUCUGUGCUCUUACAAAUAUAUGCGACUCAUUUCUCUCUUUGGUCAGAACCCUGUGGUAAUGCUAAGAUAUACAUUUCUGAACUUCAGAGGGAAGGUUGUGUAUUAAUGCAGUAUAUACUGCUGAACUUGUAAGAGCAUUAGAUGAUUAAAUUUUGUGUUUAUUUAUUUAUUUUGAAAUUUUAGAAAAUAAGUCUUUCUGGUGGAGAAUACACGUGCGUAAGUUAAAAAGAAUUACUUUUGACCCUUUUUGGGUGGAGUUUUUUAUGGGGAUCCUUUAACAGGUUUACUGAGCCUGCUACUUCAUGCUCACCAUUUGUCAUGUUGGCUGACCCUCCCAUUAUUUUCCACCUUUCCCUCACGGGCAGAGGACUUCCUCAGGAUGCUACACCUGCCAGUACUAAACAAACCCCCACAUCCUAAGAAAAGAGAGAAAAUAGAAGGCAAGCUAAGAUGGAUCAAUGCUAGUAAAAAACCUUUGAACCGUGAUAUGCACUAUCACCUGACGUCAAAACAGUGUGAAAAGAACUUGGUGUCUUUCUAGAGCAUAUCUAAUUUUAUGGAGUGUUUUAUUGGCAUUUCAUUCUUGAUGCAGGUGGACCAUUAUUGUUGAUGGAGUUGGCUUUUCUUUUGAGAGGUGUUGGUGCCAAUGUCAUAUGGAUUACUGCUCAAAGACCACUAGAAACGAAUGAUGUGAUUUACAGCUUGGAGCACAAGAUGCUGGAUCGCGGAAUAAAGGUCGCUCAUUGUUGUUGAAUGUUUUCAACUUAUAUAUGUGCUUUCCCUGUUAUAUCCAUUUACUCUUUUCUUUCUAGGGCUUCAAUUUUCAACCAUAUUUUAUUAACUUUCUUAUCUCUUAAUUUUAGAUGAUUUCUAUGUUUCGUCUCCUUGAAAACGGUGGUUUCUUGUCGGGGAUAAUAAAAGUCAUAUGGUAUACGAGUGUUUUAAUGAUUUCUUUUGCGCUAUUUCUUUCCUACUUGAACUAAUGUUUCAAGUUGCUUUUAUGUGUGUUUUGAUAAAUUAUUUGUGAAAGAGCAAGCUACUCUUAUAGAUAUUUAUUUUUCUUGUCCUUUUUGAGAUCUAGACUAACUUGGGAUCUCAAAUCACAGUUCGUUGAUCUUCUUUGUUAUCUUUCAAUUGACGUGCUUGUUAUGUAUUUUGGACUUUACUUAUUGCUUCGUGGAUAGAAUUAUACCUUGAAUAAUGCCUUCUUCAUUUCCUCCGUGUUCUUACAUUGUUUUAGGUUUUAUCUGCAAAGGGAAAAGAAGCCAUUGAUACAGCCAUCAGUGCUGACCUUGUCGUUCUUAACACUGCUGUUGCUGGGAAGUGGCUUGACGCUGUACUUAAGGAACAUGUGCCCCAAGUCCUUCCUAAAAUUUUAUGGUGGAUUCACGAAAUGAGAGGGCACUACUUCAGAGUGGAAUAUGUCAAACACCUCCCUUUUGUCGCUGGUGCUAUGAUUGAUUCUUAUGCAACGGCAGCAUACUGGAAAAACAGAACUCGGGAACGUAUGGGGUACAACAUCUUUCUCAGUAAGCUCUUUAGUUUGCAGGCUGUAUCAUUAUCUUUGGAAACUUUUAUAGAUGGAAACAAUAAUUGAAAACAAUGAUGAAAAAACAUAUUAUACUUUUAUUCAUUUUUUGAGGGUGAAAAAUUGAUAUGCCUGUUGAUAUGUUUAAUGCUCUUCUCCAAUGAAAGAAUUACUACAUUUUCUUUCUUUCACUACAAUAUCAUGCCGUAUUUAUGAUUUCUUGGUCAUAUAUUUUUUUCAUUUUAGUGUGCUGACAUUUAAAAAAGGCAUGAAACUAUUUAUCUACCAGCAGAAAUAUCAUGUAAUACUGUUUAACGCUAGCUUUGAUUAUUAUCAUAUCAAGGAGGAUGAUAGUUCCCAAAAUUCAUCUAGAGAAAAUCGAUAUUUGUGGGAAAGAAACUGUUGAUCACAAUCAUGUUUAAUGGUCAUUUUUCGGACGCUUUUUCCCCUAACUUCUCUUAUCACUCCAAGGUUUGAGGGUGAAUCCCAAUUGUUUUUUGGUACUUUACCCUAGUGGAAGUUUCUUUGCAGGAUAAAGAUGCCACAAACGUAUGUUGUUCAUCUCGGGAACAGCAAAGAACUCAUAGAAAUAGCUGAAGAUGAUAUUGCCAAAAGGAUUCUCCGUGAUCAUGUACGUGAGUCUCUUGGAGUGCGGAAAGAGGAUCUUCUCUUUGGGAUCAUCAAUAGUACGAUUCUCUUACCAAUUGAGCCCCUGAUUUUCUUGGAAGCUAUCUUUCCCACGAGAAAUCUUUUCUUCCAUCUCGUGCUGUUCAUUUCAUUUGAAGUAUAAAAUAUAUUCAUAGCGAGUUUCUGUCACCUAUGUACUUCUAUGUGAUUGGAUGACUCCUGAUAUUAUCUUAUAAAAAGAAAGUGAUUAAGUUUCAAAACUAGUCUUAGUGAUCUUCAAAAUGAUAUUAACUUUGCAGGUGUCUCGCGGGGUAAAGGACAAGAUUUGUUCCUUCAGUCAUUUAAUGAAAGUCUGCAAUUGAUCCAUGAGAAGAAACUACAGCUUCCACCAAUUUAUGCUGUUGUUGUUGGAAGUGAUAUGAGUGUGCAGACCAAGUUCGAAACAGAAUUGCGCAACUUUGUGAUAAAGAGUGGAAUCGAGGGCUCUGUUCGCUUUGUCAAUAAAUCACUUAAUGUUGCUCCAUACUUGGCCGCAAUUGAUGUUCUAGUCCAGAACUCUCAGGUAAGUGUUCAGUGUUUCAUAAAACCUUUCCUUGGACUCCUGAAAGUAAAGAUAUGUUUCGAAUUCAAUUAAAGGUACUGCUUUAAGUACUGUUUUUCCGAAGAAUUCAGACAAUCACUGUGCCCUUACAACCCCCCCAAUCAAAUGGCUACGAUGACUGAUUACUUCAAAACAAAAGAAAUUAAAAAUAUUUUUUAUUUUCUAAGUGCUUUUUGUGGUCAUUGAAGCGUGAAAUCUAAAUUUAUGAUCAUUUUUUGAAAUAUAUUUACAGAAAAGCUAAAAAUCAUAGCACACGUUCUGAAAUCUAAUUCCUUAAUUGAUCCUUUUGACAUCUGCUUAUUUCUUAGCCAGGGACUCCAUACAUUGGACUUUUAGAAGUUCCUGUGUUUUGGUUCUUUGUCAUCACCAACGCAGCCUUGUCCCAUCCACUUUAGUUGGCUGAGGACAGGGUAUUCCAUCCUAAUGACUUUGUCGUAAUUCUCUGGCUGGCAGCACUAAUGCCUACCCUCGAAUUUGUCUGAUGCCUAGCAUGGGUCAGCAGGCUAUCAAUGGCAGACAACUCCUUCUGAAUCCGGCUGCUUGAAUUUUGAAAAACAAGCCUCAGCUCUGAUGCUGGAAUUAUAAUCCGAAUCAUGAAUUAUGAAUGCCAUCAGUGGAUGUGUGAUGGGUACUUACAAUAUGUGAAUGAUGGUAGUCCGUGUUCAUCUUUUAAGAGAUGUUGUGUACGUCACAGUUACUAUGAUGAGUUCCAAGUUUGCUUUUAAGAGAUGUUGCUUUACAUCUCUCCUCCUUUUCCAGCUUGUGGUCGUUGUCAAAGUUGGAAUAAAAGUCAUCAGAUUUUCUAGUGCGGAUCUUAGGAUAUUAACUUGGUGAAAAGCUUUGGAUCCUUUUUUGUAGGGUCGUGGAGAAUGCUUUGGAAGAAUUACCAUUGAAGCAAUGGCUUUUAAGCUGCCAGUUCUGGUAAGGUUCCCCGUUUUACUGCAAGUUUUACUGGUAAGGUGCUCUCUAAUGCUAGCAUCAACGAGGCCAGUUUCUCCUUCCUUCUGUGGUGAAUCUCUAGUCAUGGGCAUUGUUGUAUAUAAAGAACUAUACUUCAUUAGCCACGAUCAGAUACAAAUUAGAUCUGCAUUAAUGUCCAAAGGCAUCUGAAUAUGUUUCUUCAUCCAGUAUAUGUGUAAGCUACUUCCCAUGAAAAGUGGCAUUAUCUAUCCCUGCCCAUUAUUAUUAGGUUUACUCGGGUGUCUCUAGCAUUCAGUUUUACCUGGUUAUUCUUCUAAAUCAUGUGUAAUAACGUCAAAUUUUUAUUUUUUAACGCUAGAAAUUCUAAUUUUUAUGAUUUAAGAUGCUGAUGUCUGCACAAUCACCGACAAAGUAUGAGCUUCGAAGCCAGUCUAUUUCAAUUCUUCAUAAAAUUAUGCAUAUUUUGAUGUUAUGAUUAUCGUGUCACAUGUAGAAUGUUAAUUACCCUUUUGUCCUCUGAUGUAAACACCCUUCCGCUUUCAAGUUAAUUUGACCAACUUAUUGUAGGAUGUUAUCCCCUUAGAGAACAGGCUGCAGAGUGCUAUGUAUAGUAUAAGUCUAUACCUUCAGGUGAAAUUCCUUGAUUAUGCUCUCACCAUUGCCUGAAAAUCUUCAGGGCACAGCUGCUGGUGGCACCACUGAGAUUGUGGUCGAUGGGUCGACAGGAUUGCUGCAUCCAGCGGGUAAGGAGGGCAUCUCACUGCUGGCGAAGAACAUCGUAGAUCUCGCCAGGCAGGUAGAGCGAAGACUAGCCAUGGGGAGAAAAGGCUAUGAGAGGAUGAAGCAGACCUUUCUGGAGGAACACAUGGCUAGUAGAAUUGCCGCGGUUUUGAAGGAAGUUCUUCAUUUGUGA